UUGGAAUUCGGUACACUUUUUCCGGGUAGUCUACGGAGAAAAACACAAUUGACAUUUGUUACAACUAUAUAAUGUGACGCAGAGAUUAAUUGACAACGAGAGACAGUUUUAUUCAUGUCAGGAUAAACUCGUGAACUCGGUGAACUUUGAAGCUCCUCAGGCUAGCUUAGCUUGCUAGCUGCUAACAAAGAGACAGGGAAGUUAUCAACACAUCGCUAAGCGGAGGUCGAGCGUGAGUGUAAAGUGUCGUGAUUGUGUGAAAGCGUGUGAAGCACAAAUACUGAGAGCGUUGGUGAAUCAGCGACUAACUGCGGCUGUUGAUGAAAUAUUGUAUGUAGUGUAAGAAAGAACGAUAGCAGAGUACGAGGAGGAACUUGGUCGAACAAAAGAACCAGCGACAACGUUAACUACUGGACGCUGUUUUCAAUAAAACUCAGGUUGUGUUACACAAAGCAGACAUCAGUGAAGGACAUCUUCCCCCUGAGCAGCAACAGUGGAACUCCAGGAUGGAGCAGGAAGAGCCACAGCCCACCAACAUUAAAGAGGAAGAGGAGGAGCCACAUCUCCUACACAUUAAACAGGAAGAGGAGGAGCCACAGCCCCCUCACAUUAAAGAGGAAGAAGAGGAGCCACAUCCUCCUCACAUUAAAGAGGAAGAGGAGGAUUACAGCAUCAGUCAGGAUGGAGAACAUCUUGAAGGACUGGAGGAGUUCCCAGUGAUUGGUGUUCCUUUGAAGAGUGAAGAUGAUGAAGAAAAAGGUCAAAGUGAGGAGAAGAGAGAUGUGGAGCCUCAAAGCAGCAGCUCCACUCAUCACAUGACAACAGAAGCUGAUGGAGACCACUGUGGAGGAUCACAAGCAGACAACCUCUUAGCUCCACUAUCAGAUAGUGACGACAUAACGUCACACUCUCCUGACACUGAUGAUGAAGACUCUGAAGCUGAUAUGACAUGUCACACUGACAACACACGCUGGAAAUGCUCUCAAUGUGACAAAACUUUUGUUCACAAGAGAAGUAUGAAAAUGCACAUGAGACAUCACACAGGAAAGAAACCUUUCUCUUGCUCAGUUUGUGGUAAAAGAUUCUCUCAGCAGUCAAAUUUGAAAGUGCAUUCAAGAAUACACACUGGACAGAAACCGUUUCCUUGCACGGUCUGUGGUAAAGGUUUCUCUCAACCAAGUGAUUUAAAAAGACACAUAAGAUUGCACACUGGAGAGAAACCUUAUCCUUGCACGGUGUGUGGUAAUAGAUUCAAUCAUAAAGGUGAUUUAAAGAAACACACAAGAAUACACACUGGAGAGAAACCUUUUCCUUGCACGGUGUGUGGUAAAAGAUUCAAUCAAAAAGUGGUUUUAAAAAGACACACAAGAAUUCACACUGGAGAGAAACCUUAUCCUUGCACGGUGUGUGGGAAAAGAUUCAAUCAGGAAGGUGUUUUAAAAAGGCACACAAUAAUACACACUGGAGAGAAACCUUUUCUUUGCACAGUGUGCGGUAAAAGAUUCAAUAGAAAAGGUGAUUUAAUAAAUCACACAAGAGUACACACUGGCGAGAAACCUUUUCCUUGCACAGUGUGUGGUAAAAGUUUCUCUAAGAAGAUAACUUUGAUAGGACACACAAGAAAGCACAACGGAGAGAAACCAUUUCCUUGCACGGUGUGCGGUAAAAGCUUCUCUAUGAAGAGGUCUUUGAUAGGACACACAAGAGCGCACACUGAAGAGAAACCUUUUUUCUGCACGGCAUGUGGGAAAAGAUUCGACACUCAAAGUAAUUUAAAUAGACACGCACGAAUACACACUGGAGAGAAACCUUUUUCUUGUGCAGUUUGUGGUACAAGAUUCGCUCAGAACUCACAUUUGAAAGUACACACAAAAACACACACUAGAGAAAAAACAUGUCUUGUUUAAUGUUUGGUCAGUGAUUCACAACGAGUACAAACUUGACUGAACACAAAAGAAUCCACACUGGAGAAAAACAUUUUUGAAAGGACGCAUGCAGAUCAAAAUCAGGGAAGUACGAACAAGCAAGACAGUAUAACUCUUUAAAAAAAAGUAAAGUUGUGCAAAAGAACGACUUCUUACGUAAUUAAUUGACAUGAUGAAAUGUUUGCAAUGUUUGUUUCACCUAUCACAUUUAUGAACACACUUUUCUUAUUUUAUACUUGACAAUUGUACAUUUGACCUUUAAUCGUAUACAUGAGUUUGAUUCUUGGCCAAGGUUGCGUCAGGAAGGGUAUCAGGUAUAAAAAUCUAAAGUGUCUAGAAAAGUAUGAAAACCUUUUGAAAUUCCAUGACUCUCUGAAUAAAUUUGUCGUAAAAUGUGAGCUACUCUUCAUCAAAGUCAAGGGUAUUGACAAAUAUAAUGCUUUUCUUCAGUAUUACUAACUAUAUUACAAUGUUUAUCUGAUGCUCAGGUUGGUCUCUCAAGUUAUUUGUAAUGGCAUUGGUCAAUGCUUGUGAGGUGAAACCAAUCAGCUGCAUCAAAAAAAAAUACACAUAAGUGGCAGGUAGUAUAUGUAAGUUCCUUAUUGGCUGAAGUGCAGAGUUAAUUGUUCCAGCUUGUUGUAGUUGAACAAUGCCAGCUCACUGGUUUUGUUUCAUCUACUUGUCUUUGUCUUUUUACGUCAGGGCUGCCCAGCUGUCCAUUGAUAUUUGUAAUAAAAAAAAAACAUUAUACAUAUA